AUGGCCGCCGCAACAACACAAGUACAACAACAUGAGCCGCUCCAGGCAGUAAAGCAGGUCCAACAGGCCACCACUGUCGCUGCCAUCAAGCCAAGAGACCCCUUCUGGCUCGGAGGUGCAGCCUCCUGCGCUGCUGCAUUCGUCUCCCACCCUUUCGAUCUGGCCAAGGUCAGACUUCAGACGACACAGGGAAUCAACAAACAGGGCAUGAUUGGAACCAUGUUCAACGUCGCACGUCAUGAAGGAUUCUUUGCUCUCUACACCGGUCUCUCGGCCAGCUUGCUCCGUCAAGGAACAUAUUCGACCGUCCGAUUUGGAACCUACGACCUCUUGAAGGAAAAGUUCGGACCCAAAGAUGGAAGCAGAAUCCCUGUGAGCACAAUGCUACUGUGCGGUGUUUUGGCAGGAUGCAUCGGUGGCGGAUUCGGAAACCCAGCAGACGUGGUCAAUAUCCGGAUGGUCAACGACGGCAAGCUGCCCAAGGAACAGCAGAGACAUUACAAGCAUGCCUUUGAUGGACUCUUCAGGAUUGUCAAGGAGGAAGGACCCGCCCAGCUGAUGCGUGGUUUGGGACCUAACAUGAACAGAGCCAUCUUGAUGACCAGUUCUCAAUUGGUCUCGUACGAUGGAUUCAAGCGUCAGUUGUUGGCCACCCCUUGGUUCAAGGACAACUUGGCCACUCAUUUUGCUUCUUCGCUCCUUGCUGGUCUCGUUGCGACGACAGUGUGUGCCCCAUUGGAUGUGCUCAAGACAAGAAUCAUGAACUCUUCUGGAUCAAAUACCUCGUCGACACAAAUGUUUUUCCACAUUGUCAAGAACGAAGGCCCAACAGCCCUGUUCAAGGGCUGGCUCCCUGCCUUCUUGCGUCUGGGUCCUCACACCAUCGUGACCUUUAUUGUCCUCGAACAGCUCAAGGUCAUGGUGCACCAGAAGAAAUAA